GUUAUUUGGUGACGGACAUGCUUCCUCUCCGGAAGUUGCAGCAUGAAGAAAGAGCAAGUUGCACACUGUCAGUUCUCGGUUUGGUAUCCGAUAUUUAAGAAACACACAAUUAAAAGUCUGAUCCUGCCACUGCCUCAGAAUGUAAUAGACUAUUUACUGGACGAUGGGACGUUGGUAGUCUCUGGAAGUGAUCACAACUCUCAGCCGAUACAAUCCAACAACAGCGACUCGGAUGCUGAGGAAGACAUCCAGUGGUCGGACGAUGAGACGACAGCCACAGCCACUGCGCCUGAAUUCCCAGAAUUCACCUCUAUGGUGGAGGAAGCCAUAAGCGCCCUUGGUGGGCGUGUCUUCCCCAAACUCAACUGGAGCGCUCCGCGGGACGCUAACUGGAUCGCUCUGAACAGCUCGCUGCAGUGCUGCAGCCUCAGCGACAUUUUCCUGCUCUUCAAAAGCUCCGACUUCGUCACCCACGACCUCACUCAGCCAUUCCUUCAAUGCAGCGACCAAGACUCUCCAGAUCCUGUCAUCUGUUAUGAGCUGGUGCUGAGGAAGUGGAGCGAGCUGAUUCCAGGUGGAGAGUUUCGCUGCUUCGUCAAAGAAAACAAGCUGAUUGCAAUCUCCCAGAGGGAUUACACGCAGUACUACCAGCACAUCCUGAAGCAGGAGGAGCAGAUCUCCCAGGACAUCCAGGACUUCUUCAGCCAGCACGUCCAGUACAACUUCCUGGACGAAGACUUCGUGUUUGACGUGUACAGAGACUGUCAGGGGAGGGUUUGGCUCAUCGACCUGAACCCUUUUGGAGAGGUGACCGACUCGCUGCUGUUCAGCUGGGAGGAGCUGAUGUCUGGUGGGGAAAUCCCCCAUCAGCAGCAGGUAAGCAAACAUCGAGCCUUCAUCCAUACCCAGCGCUCUCCUUCCCAACCAUUAGAGAUAUCGUCUGAUGCGCAGGAGGGUCCGGCGUUCCGCUACACUACGAGCGAGGUGACGGUGCAGCCCAGUCCCUGUCUGAGCUACAGGAUCCCCCGGGACUUCGUAGACCUCUCAAAUGGAGAGGACGCCUACAAGCUCAUCGACUUCCUGAAGCUGAAGAAAAGCCAGCAAGAGGAAUCUGAAGAGGAGGAAGUAGAGGAAAAUCCUCCACAGUGAUGUCUGCCAUCUGUUUUCCUCAGCUCAUGCUGUUCUUCUCACACGUCGGUCAGAAGCAAGCCCUCUGCUCUAAAGCAGGACUUAUAAUUAAUAUUAGAGCAUCAUGCUGCCGACUCCUGAUGAUCCGAUUCUUCUGUCCGGUUCUUAUAGUCCUGAGCAGAGCUGAUUGGAGGACGUUACGCUCCGUAGAUAUCGCCUGCUUCUGUAUAGUGAUGUCAUUUCUUCUAUCAGUUCUGGAGGGUUGGAUAGAAGAAAAAAAACAAAUUAAACGCAGGCUUCUCGAAAUAUUUAAGUGUUUUUGUUUUUAUUUGCAUCCAAACAAGUAAAAUUAACCUUUUACUCUUUU